ACUUUCCUGCAGAAGUCACGUGAAGCAGGUAGCCUAUGGCGGCGCGGGGGCGUAGUUGCCGAAGAAGACGGAGCCCCGGCAAAGGCUCGGGCUCGGCCUUGGCUCCCGGCUCCGGCUCCGCCGCAGACCCCGUCGCCCUCCCGCUCCCGCUCCCGGUGCCAGAGGCGAUGGAGGCCGUCCUGGGACCCAGCGCCCUGGCUCGGCUCCGCUGGGGCUCGGCCUUCUGCUCCAUCGCGGCCGGAAACUUGGGAGCCUUCGGGGCCGCCUUCGCCAAGCUGGCCCUGAAGCCGACGUUCCGGAGCCUGGAGGGGACGGACGAACAGGAGCUCCCUUACCCGCCCGCCAUGCAGGCCUGGCUGACCCUGAUGUUCCGGCUGAUGGCCUUUUCUUUGAUGAUUGUCAGCAACUCCCUCAUGUGGGCCUUCUUUUCCAAGGCGCUCAGUAUUUCUACAUCUUCUGCCACCGCCUCGCUGACAAUGACUGCUUCUAACAUCAUUGCCUCGGCCUUCCUGGGUUACCUGUUGUAUGGAGAGUACUGCGCCGUGAUGUGGUGGGCUGGAGUCGUCCUCAUCCUCUAUGGACUCGCACUGAUGCACUUAAGCUCGGCCGCUGAAGAGGAGCUGGAGGAAAAGAAGAACCAGUAGGGACAGACCCGCAAGCCAACGUUCCUCGUGCUCUCGUCAGCCCUCCCAAACCCCAGGCCUCCAGAGGGCCACUGAGUUCUGGGGAGCAGUGUUGUCCCAUUGUUGUUGUUGUUGUUUUAAUUCCUAUCCAUGGAAGAAACCAGUGCUAGAUACCAUCUGAUUGAUUCAUGCUUUAAGGAUCUCUUCAGGCAGGGCGUGCUUGUGCCACUAGGCCUCUGGCAAGUGCAUUUUGCCUCUAACUCAGUUGAGAAAUUCCGCUAGAAGUCUAGAAACCCCAGGGAGAAAGCAUUGUUCUUGCUGGAGUUGAUGUUCAGAUGUUCCUUGUGCCCAGGGGACAGAUGUCAGGAAGAGGCUUUGCCUCUGGUGAGUGUUUCUCCUUGGGGCAUCCUAGACAGAAUGGAGAAGGCUGACCUUGGGAUUGACCUUGGGUCCGAGUUUGUCUUGCUUUCUCUCUCUGUGGAGCUCCAGUGACACCAGUAGUAUGUUUAUCACAAACCAUAAAUCUUAAUUGAAUGGGGAUUUAUGGUCAGUUGGUGUUGCUAUGUGCCAAUAACAACUGCUAAGCACCUAGGCUAGACAAGGCUCUGGAAACCAAACUAGUGAGAAGAUGCCAUUCCCUGCCAUUGAGGGAUAUGCAGUCUGUUUGAGAGGGGACAAAAAAGAAUGAUACUGGUUAGAAAGUGAUAAAAGCACCCCCCCCAAAAAAGGAGGGAAGGGAUAAAAGCAAAGAAAAGAUCUAAGACCAGGGUUUCUUAACCUUUUUGGGGACAUUGGCAGGCUGGUGAAGCCUAUGGAUCCCUUCUCAGAAUAAGAUUUUAAAAACAAUAAAACAAAAUACAUAGAAUUAGAAAAGAAACUCAAUUGGAAUGCAGUUAUAAAAAAUUAGAACAAACAAACAAAUACAUGGAUGCCCAGUUUAAGAACCCUUAAUCUAAGACAAUGUGCCAUACAACAUUUAAGGAGGGUGCCCAGGUUAAGACCCCCUAGUCUAAGACAAUGUGCCGUAAAAAAUUUGAGGAGGAAGAAGUCCCUUUCAGCUAGGGAGGGAUCAGGGAAGGCUUCACAGAGGAGGUGGUUGCUGAGCUGGGUCAUAAAGAGGAUUUCAGGAAGAAGAGAUAUGGAGGAAUUGAGUUACAGGUAGGGAAAAGAGCCUUGGCAAAUGGAAGAGGAGAAUGAGGAGCAGGUAGUUGUCUAGUUUGUGUGGAGAUAGACUUCAUGGAAGAAGGUAGUAUGAAACAAGGCUGGACAGGGAGGUAGGAGCCAGACCAUAAAGGACCCUAAAAUGCCAGGUGCACCUGCUACAGGGUCUCCUAACCCCCAAGUAUUUAUUAACCUCCUACUGUGUGCCAAGCACAGUGCUAAGUAUUAGUGACAUCAAGACAAAAAUGAACCAUCCCAACUUGUUAGACAAGUACAGAUAUGACUGUAGACUGUAUAAAGUACUUAAAUAUAAAUCUAUACAAAGUGGUUGUAGACUCUACUCCCUAUCACCCCUCCACUCCCAUGCCUUCAAAGGAGAAUCUGCAUUUCCUCAUAAUUCUUUUAUAGAACUUUCAGUUCUGAGAUUGAUUUGAACACCCCCAAAGUACAUUAGGGAGGCUCUACACAGUCUGGCUCCCAUCUUCCUCUUCAGCUAUAAAAGAACAGUCACCCCAAGAAGGAAAACAUAAGCAAGGAGAUUGUUCAGAGAAGGAUGGAAUAUGAUUAUAA